UUCAUAUCUCUGCAAGAUGUGCUAAAUGCUUCAGCUUCACAGAAUGCUAGAUCAGUAAGCAAUGCUUCGUUUACAGCUCGGCGGGUUAAUGAGGAAAUACGUAAGUGCAUUAGCAUUACAUUAAGACCCCUUAACGUCCCUCGAGUCAGCAAGAAAGAUAAUUCCUCCCAGUCUGUACUGGCUUGUUCGUUUGAUGAUUACAUACGAUGAGUCUGGAGUUGACGACUUUGACCAACCGUGUCCCUAUGUCAAAGUAGAGGACGAGAGGCACAUUAUUUUUAUUUCUCAAGAUAUCAUUCACUGCGCAUCAAAAGCCCGCGUGAUGCUCCCUAAGCAAAUAGGACUUGCAAUAGCGGUUCGUCACCCGACUGGAUCUAAGCAGUUAGGUGGCCUUUUGAAUCGAAUGGGCCACAGUUUGUCAUACGAUGAGUUGCAAGCAGUUGAUACCAGUCUAGCAACGGAAGUAUUGGCAAAAGUGGAAACCUAUGGAACAGUCAUCCCGUCGAACAUCUCUCCGGGCUCUUUUGUGCAAUUUGCUGCCGAAAACAACGAUUUAAAAGAGGAAAAUAUAGACGGCAAAAAUACUACCCAUGUUACAACCAUGGUUGUCUAUCAGACAAAGGUUUCUGGUCCAGAACCGCCGCCUGCGAUAGCUGGAAAUCAUUCGGAGAGACGUCGUAGCCUGAAGACAGGUGAAGGUAAAGAUGAGUUGCAAGAAUGUUCAGCAUAUGGAAGAAGACCUAAAGUUACUCAAUAUACUGUUGCCGUUGACAAAGAAUGGCUCAAGGGUGAGGGCAGCGUUCUUUCUGAAGCAACUAACAUAGACGACACUUGGACUCUCCUUCGUAUGAAGCCAGCAAGUUUAUUGAAGAGAGGCAUUGAAGCGCAGGAAGAGCAACCAGUUCCGAGCUGGGGUGGAUUCAACUCGAUCUUGUAUCCUGAACUUCCUUGUGCGAGCAAAAUUGGAUAUCACGCAAGAAUCUCAGUAGUUAGUCAACUUCGCUACGGGCAUGAAAAGGUGGUCACUGUUGGUGCUGAUAGAGAGCUGUUUGGACGACUUUUGAUCGCCGCCAAUGUGAGGCAGAUUAACCUCAAAGAAGUUCUAUGCUAUGAGCUUUCAUCUGUCCCGUUCUCCUUGGCUUAUCAAGAUGGCAGCUUGAGGAAGACAACCAAGAGUACCCUGGCAGCUCUUAUCGAAAGCAAGGUUAAUGUUUGCCCACGACUCCAACCUUUCCCACGAUACACCAUUUAUCUCAUCGACGGCAUGGCUUUAGUUCAAGUACUGAAAUCAGCGGGGAGUAGUAUCUUUGGCGAACUCGCAUCGAAAUACUUUAACGCUAUCACCACAUCACUCGCCAACUGCAAAGAAGUUCACAUUGUCUUCGAUCAGUACUGGGAUGCGUCGACAAAAGCAGGAGAACGUGCACGCAGAGUUUCUCUGAACGCUUCGUUGGAGGUAAAGAUCCACGGACCUUCUACUCCUGUGCCGAAACAACAGCAGCGCCCUGAGAAGAAUCUUGUCAUUGGAGGAGGAUUUGAGAAUGGCAGACGGGCAGUGUAUGUUGCAGAUAACUAUGCAGAAUGUCGUAUUCUCUUACAAUCCUCAGACACGGAUGUUCUCGCUCUCAGCAUAUCCCAUCUUUCUGAUAUUAACUGCACUGAAUUUUGGUUCAAAACUGGCGUGAAAGACCGUCUCCGUUAUGUUCCAGUUCACAAUGAAUUGCGAGAGCUUGGUGGAAAAAUGUGUCGCGCCCUUCCGACCUCACACGCCAUUAUUGGGUGCGACUCCACCAGCGCCCUCGCCGGAAUCGGUUAGAAGAAUGGAUGGCAAGUGCUAUUGCACAAUGAACAGCAACAAGACAGUCUAGGUCUUCUAGGUGCCCAGCAAAACCUGAGUGAUGACAUCACCACCCAAUGUGAAGCUUUUAUCUGUGAUCUCUACCCGAGGUCAAGGAUGAAACCAAGCACUGUCAGGAG